UUACAAUAAUGCCAGUGAGGAAAGGAAACAGUUAGGGCUUGGCUUGUUUUGUUGUGAUGUUUUUUAAGCCCAAUGAUAACAAUUAUUGCUCAAGAAAAUUUAAACUAAUAAUAAUACUUACAAAAAAAAAGAAAGUUCGAAAACGACUUAUACUUUGCUAAUUCUUGCUCUUUUGACUGGGAAUCCGCUACCCUUUGGAGUUUUACUCAUGUUUUGAGAGGCAAGAAAAACUGGGUUCUCAAUUGUUUUUUCUCCUUAAAGUCUAAUAUCUCAAGUUAUCAACACUUAAAAAGGACAUUUUUCUCUGUCAAAUGUGCGAACCUUUCUCUUUCGGUAUCCGCUCUGUUGCUUAAGUUGGGUACAUUUUAUGUUUGGUUUGAAAUUUGAAGAUUAGAUUCGUUUGGAGUUUCAGGUCAGGGAACACAUAAAAAAAAAAAUCAAUGGCGAAAUGAUUCUUUGCGUCUUCCUUUGGAAGAUUUUGAGUUGAAAAAAAUUCGAUUUUUAUCUCUUCUCAGCCGGUUUCAAGUGCUUGAAGGUUCCUCUAGAGGGUUUUCUUGUCAUUUUUGUCCACAAAAGUUGGAGCAUUUGGAGUAGAAAAAAAUUGAAGCUUCUUUAGUUUUGGUGCAGAGUAAAAGCUCUAGAACUGCUUGUGUGGGAAAUUUAGCUUCUUUUGAGUUUAUUUCUGUUCUGCUCUCUGAGAUGCUGGAGAAGAAUGAAGAAUUUCUGUGGAUUUUCGGAUUUUUGAGCCAUGGUCUCUUUGAAGCUUUAGGAUAAGAAAGAACUGUACGGAUAUGUGGAUUUGGCUCAUGCUCUUAGCUUCUCUUUUUCUUUCAUGACUUUGGUGUUUGUUUGUGGCUUUGUUGCUUCAAUGGAGAAAAGAAGUUGCACUCUCUCUUUGCUUUUGCUGCUGCUUCUUUGCUUCCACCUAACAACUGUACAAUGCGAAGGAAGGCUCAUUAGACACCUCUCUUCUCUGCCUCCUUCACUUUCUACGCCUCAAGAAUUCAAGAUUGGAUUCAAAAGGAUCAUUCUCAGCAUUGCAUUAGGAAUUCUAACUGGACUUAUUGGAGCCAUUCUUUUUGCUUUAUUAAUCAAAUUUGCAGUUCAGUACAUGAACCAAACCCCAAUCCUCAAAGGUCCCGUUAUAUUUUCCCCAAAAAUAUCUGCCAAGACUCUCCAAUCAGCUCUUUCAACUGAGAAUCAGUUGCUAGGAUCAAGCUCCAAUGGGAAGUACUAUAAAACAGUUCUUGAUAAUGGGCUCACUGUUGCAGUCAAAGUCCUUGAGCCCUUUGAUAAUGGUUCACCGGAGAGGCACAGCAAGUCGGUAAAGAGAAGGAUACAACAAGAACUGGAGAUUCUUGCUAGCUUGAGGCACAGGCAUCUGAUGAGUUUAAGGGCUUAUGUUCGUGAAUCUGAUAGGUUUUCUUUGGUUUAUGAUUACAUGCCCACGGGGAGCCUUGAGGAUGCAAUGAAUAGAGUUAGGGGCAAUCAGUUGCAGCUUGGAUGGGAUGUCAGGCUUAGGAUUGCUGUUGGGGUGAUUAAAGGCCUUCAAUAUCUUCACUUUACUUGCAUCCCUCAGAUUUUGCACUACAACUUGAAACCCACGAAUGUGAUGUUAGAUGCUGAACUCGAACCAAGGCUGGCAGAUUGUGGCUUGGCUAAGCUCAUGCCUAAUAUAGAUAGGGCAACUUCAGGUUACGGUGCUCCUGAGUGUUUCGAGAACUGCAGUUUCAAUUCCAACAGGUAUACUGAUAAGAGUGAUAUCUUUAGCUUUGGGAUGAUAUUAGGUGUUCUCUUGACUGGUAGAGAUCCCACUGAUCCAUUUUUCGGUGAAGCAGCCAGUGGAGGGAGUUUAGGGCAGUGGCUUCGGCAUUUACAGCAGGCAGGUGAGGCACGAGAAGCACUAGAUAAAAGUAUUGUUGGUGAAGAAGUAGAGGAAGAUGAGAUGCUGAUGGCAGUGAGAAUUGCUGUCGUCUGCCUAUCAGAUUUGCCUGCUGAUAGGCCUUCUAGUGAUGAGCUUGUUCCCAUGUUAACCCAGCUGCAUAGUUUUUGAUGAAAAUGUAAGUAUAUUGAAACUCAAGCCUCCUCAGCUUCCAGGGAUAGGAUAUUUUUGGACUUUACUUUGAGGGUUUUGGUCUAGAAGCUGCUGUGGCUCUAACCCAUUUACAACAUGUGAAGAGACCAGGCAUCUUGCUCUCAACCGUCAUUGGUUUCAUUUAUGCUCUCUUCAAGUCUUAAUGUUUUCUUAUUAGAGACUGGGCUUAUGGUAUUGUGUACAUGGCUAAUGCUAUAAGUCAAGACAGGUGGUCAAGGAGAUUUCUAACUCAGACAUUGACUCUUUGAUCAGAUAACUGUGGGACACAUCUGCAUUAUUGUGUCCUUAAACAACCAAAUUAUGGUGGGGUUUUCUUGGUUGUCUUUAUGUUGGCAAAACUCUGUUGGAAUAUCACGGGUGCUUUUUGCAUUAAAA